UGGCAUCCAGGUCACGCCAGAGGAUGACGAUUGUUUAUCAACGUCAUCUAGAGGAAUUUGCCCCAAACAGGAACACAUAGCAGCCCUCCAGAAGGAUCCCAAGGGAAGCUAAUCUCCAUUUGAGAAGAUGAUUUCCCACUUUCCAUACAGAUGAUGAAAAAGUAACCUGCCCACUACACCGCUUCCCCUGGUGAAUUUUCUUCUUCCACUUUCAGUGUGUGGCGUUGUGGGGCGCAGACUCCCGAAAGCCUGACUGGAGAUAUAACAUGGGCUCUGCUGACAUUAGCACGAAGAGCUCGGUUAAUCGUCUUGCAAAAUAUAGGUUAGGGAGUUUUAUAGGAUAUCAAAUUAUCUUACUCUUUCAUUGAUUAAAGACAAAAUAUUAUAUUAAGUAGAUCAUUACUUGGGUAAAAGGUUAGAACUUCACACACUUAGGGGUGUCGCGCUAUCCUUCCCUCUCCUGCCUUGUGGCAAAUCACAGGUUGGAGACAGUGGAACUCACUGUGCCUAGCCCUCCAAAAGACCUGAAUGGCAACGUUAGACUUAAAGGAGGAGCAUUUGCUUUUGCUUUGAAUCUCCUGAGCCUUUUUAAUUCUGAUAGAAUAGUAAUCUUAAAAUUAAAUAUUAAUUUGUUCUGAUUCCGUUUCUGUUAGCAGGAGAAAGGCGGAUACAUGAAUGGGCAUGGGCUGAGCCACGGCCAGGUUUGAGAGACAGAGUGACUGGUGGUAGCCUUCCCAGGGUGUUAGGUGGGAAUGUCUCCUGGGAAGGGAUGUGGUCAUUCUCAGACUGUGGGCUGCUUCUCUGUCACACCGUGAUACCUCUGCCAGCCAUCUAAUGCUAUCAAGGUCUUCCUGAGAGAAGUUUCGGGCCCAAUUGUGAAGCUGAGUUGGCAUGUUCACAUGUCUGAUAAUAACCUUCCAGCUAAUCCAUCAUGCUGCCCAUUUCUGUGCAUUAUUUAUCUCAAAGCUGGAGGAUCUCAUGUCCAGCACAGGGCUGUGGUCUAUGGACAGGGACAAUUUCAAGGCUUUUCUGGGCCUGAUGUAGUCAUUUUCUUUCAAUAUCUUAGAUUGGUAGGUCUUUAGAAAUUAUCUCUCAAAAUGUGUGUGUGUGUGUGUGUGUGUGUGUGUGUGUGUGUGUGUGUGUGUGUGUAUGCCUAAGUAUAGUUUUCUUGAAUUUCUCACUUCAGUACUUAACUACACAUAUGUGCAGAAAGUGAACUCUUAGAAUUUGGCUACCCAUUCUCUCUCAUUGUGUGAGAAGGAGGUAAAGUUGCCAAAUUGGAGGUGGGGCAAGGUGGGCCAGUAGAGCUGUGAUUGGUGUCUCACUUUGAUGUGUAGGAGAGAGAACAAAUCACAAAUCAUUCUUUGGAAAGGAGCCAUGGUCCACCCACAGAACAAGGACCCUGAGAUCCCCAGUACCAGUCUCCCUAGGAUGUCUUGCCUUUCAGCAGCUGUUCAGUCAAAUCCAUUUCAGAAUGGAGAACAGCUUGUCACAGUUCUCUACUCUUGACCUGCUGAUAGAACAAGGGGCUUGGAGACUUGGGGUAGAUAUGGAAAUAGAUCCCUAAACAUACUAAAAAGAUUUUUUUGUAUAUGUGGUGGGGGAGAGGAGAACCAGAGCAGAAGGUUGGAAAAAGAAAGUUGAGGAAAGAAACUAAAAUGUGCAAUCUCAUUCCUCAGCCUUCAUGUUGAAAAUGAGAAUCAGUUGCAGCAAUGUGUAUUUCCAAGAGAUAUCUGGUGAAGGGAUCCAUCUGGUGAAGUGCUACUUCUGGGGGACCUGGAAUUGCUGUGUGACCUUUGGGAAACACUUGCCUUCUCUGGGUUGAGCUCAGCCCGUAGUUCACAAGGGGCGUUGCUGGUAUUUAUAGACUGUGUUUGACAGUCCCGAGUGAAAGGCAACUUCACUUCUCACCCCAGAAUAGCAAGCGUUGUUUCUCAUAUCUAGGUUGCUGGGACAGCUUCCCAGGAACCUAAUAUUCAGCAGCUUCGUGACGUUGGAUGGAGGGUUUUUCUUUUUAAAUGAGUUGAUUGGCUUUUGCCACUUUACACAUUAUUUUGCAGGUCUAGGUUUAUUUUUCCCUUAUAGGCAGGAUCUAAAAGAGUAGGGGGUCUGCCCCGGCUUACACCAUUCUGUUUUUGCAGUUAGCUUAAAGGCAUGGAGGACCUUCCUGGGGCUGGUGUCUGCUAGCCAAGAACCAAGACGACAGCAGCAUGGCCGUGGAGGCAUGGGCCCUGCUGGGGCUAGUAGCCCACUGCAGCAGCUGCUGCUGCUGUCCUUGGCAUUCUUGCUGGGGUGGCCUUGCUCCACCCUGCCUGGUCACUGUGCCGUUCAGUCUGGGCUAUGGCCUCUCACCCCACCUCAUCCCAUUGCAUUUCAUAAGCCAGUAACUCCAAGACCAGACUUGUAUUACCCUCUGGACUGCUGCAUUUGUUUGCAAGGACCUCAAGGAAGAAGGAGACCUGUUUAGGGAAUUGGGCAUUGAUCUGGUAAAAGGUCAACUUGGGAAACCGUGGCUGCAAGGAAUGCCUUUUUCUUCCAGGGCUAUGCCUUGGUGGUGGUGGGGAGGGUGUACAAAUCGUUUUUAUAUUUCCUAUUUUGAUUUAAAUACUGUUCCCUUUUUUUUUUUUGCCAAGUCCUAAACAAGUGCCACAGAGGAUUUUUUGGCUUGAACUUGGUAAAAUUUGGAGCACACAAGUUUACACACAUGGUCAUGAACACAUACUCCUUCUCCCCGCUCCCCAGAUUGCCAGCACAUAUAUUCCAUAAUGAGGUAUUCCUAAGCAAGAAUUCCUAUAAUAUUGAGGUUUACACUGGAAUGGUGAUAAGGGCAGUAAACCUCAGCCCAUAUUCAUUUUUGCUUGAGUGUUUAACCUUUCCUCUCUUUUUCCUUUUUUUCUCACCCCCCUCCAAAGUCCCCCUUCUCUUAAGACAAAACACGUGAGCUAUGUUGGAAGUACGGCCUUGACCUCAGCCUCACCAGGUGCGACUGCUGACCUGUGCAAAAAAAUAGGAAAUAUUAUUUAAAAGACAGGGAGGGGAGAGUUUCUGUUCCACAAUCACUGCUGUUUCAGUGAAAUGCAACCCGGUUUAUCUGUAAAACCUACUUCCCUUUCUGGUGAAUGUGGCUGUUUUUCACAGCAGAGGACCCCAGUUGUUGGGAACUAAAGAGAGGGAAGGUGAGAAAGAAGAUGCUGGAAACAGAGGUUGGAAAAAGAGGGGCUGGAAGUAGAAAGGAGGAAAAGGGGAAGAGAGGAGGCAGGGGGAGAGAGGGUUGGAAUUCGAGCUAUUUUCAGCUGAAUUGAGUGCAGGUUUCAUCAGGCUUCUGGGCGGCAGGGAAACUGUGUGUGGACCUUGCGUGUAACUUCCUGUGAAGCGGCCGUGGUGACUGCAUUUUCUGACACUGUCAGAGUCUGGACAACCCUGCCAGCUCCUGGAAGGGCAGUCCGACAACUGUCACAGACGAAGCAUCAAAAGCAUGAGCUGUCGAUAGUGACCUGCAUUUGCAGAAAAUCUGAGGGCUUUCUAAUUAACAGAGGAGCUCUAAAUCAGAGUAAAGCUGUUCGACAAGACCCCUCAUACGCGAUAAACUUCUGCACUGGAGGGGCCUCUCCUCCCCUCGUUCUGCACACGGAGCUCUAAUCCCCACGCCUGGGAUGAGUGCAGAAUAUGCCCCGCAGGGUAUUUGUAAAGAUGAGCCCAGCAGCUACACAUGUACAACUUGCAAACAGCCAUUCACCAGUGCAUGGUUUCUCUUGCAACACGCACAGAACACUCAUGGAUUAAGAAUCUACUUAGAAAGCGAACACGGAAGUCCCCUGACCCCGCGGGUUGGUAUCCCUUCAGGACUAGGUGCAGAAUGUCCUUCCCAGCCACCUCUCCAUGGGAUUCAUAUUGCAGACAAUAACCCCUUUAACCUGCUAAGAAUACCAGGAUCAGUAUCGAGAGAGGCUUCCGGCCUGGCAGAAGGGCGCUUUCCACCCACUCCCCCCCUGUUUAGUCCACCACCGAGACAUCACUUGGACCCCCACCGCAUAGAGCGCCUGGGGGCGGAAGAGAUGGCCCUGGCCACCCAUCACCCGAGUGCCUUUGACAGGGUGCUGCGGUUGAAUCCAAUGGCUAUGGAGCCUCCCGCCAUGGAUUUCUCUAGGAGACUUAGAGAGCUGGCAGGGAACACGUCUAGCCCACCGCUGUCCCCAGGCCGGCCCAGCCCUAUGCAAAGGUUACUGCAACCAUUCCAGCCAGGUAGCAAGCCGCCCUUCCUGGCGACGCCCCCCCUCCCUCCUCUGCAAUCCGCCCCUCCUCCCUCCCAGCCCCCGGUCAAGUCCAAGUCAUGCGAGUUCUGCGGCAAGACGUUCAAAUUUCAGAGCAACCUGGUGGUGCACCGGCGCAGCCACACGGGCGAGAAGCCCUACAAGUGCAACCUGUGCGACCACGCAUGCACCCAGGCCAGCAAGCUGAAGCGCCACAUGAAGACGCACAUGCACAAGUCAUCCCCCAUGACGGUCAAGUCCGACGACGGUCUCUCCACCGCCAGCUCCCCGGAACCCGGCACCAGCGACCUGGUGGGCAGCGCCAGCAGCGCGCUCAAGUCCGUGGUGGCCAAGUUCAAGAGCGAGAACGACCCCAACCUGAUCCCGGAGAACGGGGACGAGGAGGAAGAGGAGGACGACGAGGAAGAGGAAGAAGAGGAGGAAGAGGAGGAGGAGGAGCUGACGGAGAGCGAGAGGGUGGACUACGGCUUCGGGCUGAGCCUGGAGGCGGCGCGCCACCACGAGAACAGCUCGCGGGGCGCGGUGGUGGGCGUGGGCGACGAGAGCCGCGCCCUGCCCGACGUCAUGCAGGGCAUGGUGCUCAGCUCCAUGCAGCACUUCAGCGAGGCCUUCCACCAGGUCCUGGGCGAGAAGCAUAAGCGCGGCCACCUGGCCGAGGCCGAGGGCCACAGGGACACUUGCGACGAAGACUCGGUGGCCGGCGAGUCGGACCGCAUAGACGAUGGCACUGUUAACGGCCGCGGCUGCUCCCCGGGCGAGUCGGCCUCGGGGGGCCUGUCCAAAAAGCUGCUGCUGGGCAGCCCCAGCUCGCUGAGCCCCUUCUCAAAGCGCAUCAAGCUCGAGAAGGAGUUCGACCUGCCCCCGGCCGCGAUGCCCAACACGGAAAACGUGUACUCGCAGUGGCUCGCCGGCUACGCGGCCUCCAGGCAGCUCAAAGAUCCCUUCCUUAGCUUCGGAGACUCCAGACAAUCGCCUUUUGCCUCCUCGUCGGAGCACUCCUCGGAGAACGGGAGCUUGCGCUUCUCCACGCCGCCCGGGGAGCUGGACGGAGGGAUCUCGGGGCGCAGCGGCACGGGAAGUGGAGGGAGCACGCCCCAUAUUAGUGGUCCGGGCCCGGGCAGGCCCAGCUCAAAAGAGGGCAGACGCAGCGACACUUGUGAGUACUGUGGGAAAGUCUUCAAGAACUGUAGCAAUCUCACUGUCCACAGGAGAAGCCACACGGGCGAAAGGCCUUAUAAAUGCGAGCUGUGCAACUAUGCCUGUGCCCAGAGUAGCAAGCUCACCAGGCACAUGAAAACGCAUGGCCAGGUGGGGAAGGACGUUUACAAAUGUGAAAUUUGUAAGAUGCCUUUUAGCGUGUACAGUACCCUGGAGAAACACAUGAAAAAAUGGCACAGUGAUCGAGUGUUGAAUAAUGAUAUAAAAACUGAAUAGAGGUUCUUCACACACCCCCAUUCGGCGUAGUACCCAGAGAGCUCAAGAUGUGUGGCAGUUUUCGGAUGGAAGCUCGAGAGCCCUUAAAUUCUGAGAAAAUUUGAAGCCCCCAGGGGCGGGGUGGACGCGUCCGCCCGGCCGACGUCAGCGUGGUCUGUCAUCCUGCUAGUUUGUGAUGUUUUCUGACAGUAGCCUCCAAGAAGCCGUUGUGCGAAGACAGAGUCCUGCAGAGUCCUUCCAGCCUGGGCCUGCAGUGCCAUUUUAUUUAUAUUUUUUAAUAAAACGUAAAAACAAAAAAACAGACCCACCUUGGAACAGUGAAUCAGUCCCAUAGAGAGGGCCCGAGGACCAUCGCUGUCGUGAGUGAUGCCCUGGCCCUUCUGAAACCAGCCAACCUAAUUACCCGUAUUGUGGAAAUGCGCAUGAGUCCCCAACCCCUUGUUUCUAUACAUUCUAUGUUGUCUUUUAAAAAGUGUGCUUAACAUUGACACAAUAAAUGUUGGAGCUUUA